AGCCCAUUAUCUGAAGACGUGGUCAACCACCGAUUCAACCUCUCUCCUCUCUCUCCUCCCUAACAAUUCUCCGACCAAACAUCAUCUUCUCAAAAUCUCCCAAGUCCCAGUAAGGCAAGAUUUGACCCUGUGCUGCAGCGCCAGGCCAAUCCCAUGGACUCCUCUCCAUUCAACAGCCUACCCCAAGACACCCUCCACCAGAUCUUCUGCCAUCUGCCCCUCCGCCAAAUCGCCGCCGCCAAGUGCGUCUGCAAGGCGCUUUAUUCCACCCUCUCCUCCCCCUCCUUCCGGCACCUCCUCCGCACCCAAUCAGAGCCCCUCUCCCUCCUUGCCCUCAAGCCGUCCCACCGCCACGUGUCCCCCCAUCCCAAUCUCCACGCCUUUGAUCCUGCAUCAAAUCAAUGGCUGAAAUUCUCCCUCUCUUUCCUCCCCUUCUCCGCCCUCCACCCCAUCACCUCGUCCCAUGGCCUUCUCUACCUCUGGGCUUCAUCGCAGAAUCCGAGGAACGCCACUCCCCAAAAUUCCCAAAAAGCCCUCGUUGUAUGUAAUCCUUUGACCGGGCAGUUUAAAACCCUCCCCCAGCUCGGCUCAGCUUGGUCGCGCCACGGUUCCGUCCUAGCCGGCUCGCUUAGCGUUGUCCUCGUCCUCACAGAGCUCGCCAACUUUAGUCCCAAUGUUUUGAAUAAUUGGCUCAAGUUUUCAUCCAAUCUGCCAUCGAAACCCCGGAGCCCUGUUUUAAUUUCGGAUUUUAUACUCACAUUGUGCGAUGUGGGUUCGCCCUGGAGAUCACAAUGGGCAAUGUUCAAGACGAAAAUUGUGCAUAUGGAGAAGACAAUGCAGUGGGUUAGGGUGGAAAAGCGCGAGUGGGGAGAUAUUUUCGACAUUUUGAAGCGGCCAAGAUUGGUGAAGGCCGGGAACGAUCAGAAGGUAUACAUGGUUGGUGGGUUGAAGAGCUCGUAUGCUUUGCAGAGCGCGUGCACCACGAUCUUGAUAUUAAGGUUGGACUUGGAGAGCUUGGAAUGGGAGGAGGCAGGAAGAAUGCCAGUGGAAAUGUAUAGGUGUUUUGUGGAGAGUAGUAAGUUUAAGGUGUUUGGUGGGGGGAAUAGGGUAUGCUUUUCAGCAAAAAGGAUUGGGAGGUUAGCAUUGUGGGAAGAAUAUAGGAAUGGAAAAUCAAACUGGAGAUGGGUGGAAGGCGCACCGGGGAGCGGAGACGGGCUUUGUCGUGGAUUUGUAUUUGAGGCAAGACUUGAUGCCAUUCCGUAGCCGAGCAGGAACUAUGAGUUCUUGGUAAUGUUACUGGUGUUUUGCAAAUGUAAUGUGGAUUUAAUUGAAUAGCAUUAAUUUGCUAACAAUUGAAUAUGUUGUAUUAUCUGUGUUAUGAUCAGACUUAUGUUCUGUUUGUGCAAUUUGCUGCUACAAAUGCUCGUUUAAUUUUUGUUAUUCUUAAUGUUCAUAAGCCUCUUAGCACAA